UCAUGUGACAUGGAAAUUUUAAGGGUUUGUCGUCUCUGCCUAGUUACUAUUCGUCUCAGUGCUGGGCUGGACUGACGCUGUCAAGAGGUAAUCCAGAAUGUAUCAUCUAGUUUUUCUGUCCGGACUGCUGGCUUUUGCCUCUAGUUUACCAUGUGAUCCUUCUGGAUCAAACAGUGAGCUGCUGCUUUCACUGAAUAAGGAUCUUCUUCGUUCUCUGGAGGGACAGGAAGGACUCCCCAAUCCCAGUGUCCACUUGGCAUUACGGCUCUCAGAAACCCACAACCUCGCCAAAGAAGGGCAACACCUGAACAGACUGAAAAAUCAUUUCCACAAUGACAUUCAAAGCGCCCUCGCUGUCAGCCAGCCCAUGGUCGGACGCUUGGCGUUAUACACGCUGGCCCUGAAGUCAUCGUGUUAUGAUCUCAACACAAUCCACUUCACUGUUGGUGACAAGAGUGAGACGCUGCUGACGCACCUCAAGAAGCAGAUGGAGCAAGAGAAAGAAUACAUUUCCUUCAGCCAACGUCCUUUGACCAACUAUUACCAGUACUCGCUGGGUGUGCUCGCUCUGUGCGUGAGCGGCAUCAGGGUCAACAACCACGUCGCCAACAAACUCAUCAAGGCAGUAGAAAAUGAAUAUUUCACACAUGGAGACACAGACAGCAUCGAUACCUAUGCAAUGGCGGCAAUGGCCCUGCAGUGUGUGAAGAAUGCUGGAUCCCAUGAUCACAAUGCUGCUGAGCUUGAGACGGCCCUGACCAAGAUCAAGCAGAAGCUCUUGGCAUCUCGAAGGCCCGAUGGUCAUAUUGGCAAUGAGUUCAGCACUGGCCUUGCCGUACAAGCUUUACUGGCGAUGGGCAGCCAGGUGUCAGAGUGUGCUGCUCCAAUGGAGGCCAUGAGGAGGGAUGCCAGAGGCAACACGUACCACAACCCCAUGGCCAUAUCUCAGGUCCUGCCAGCUCUCCAGCAGAAAUCCUACUUGGCAGUCCAAAGCAAGGAGUGCCUCAAUGAAGACAACAAUUUGGUUCUUGAGCCCACCGACCCUGUGGUAGUUCUGCCCAGUGACACCAAAGUGGCCGUGAUGGUGGAAGUGGUGACAUCCAGCGGGUCAUCUGCUGUUUAUUCCCUGAAUGUACCAAAGGGAAGCUCUCUGUUGGAGGCCCUCCAGCUCCUCAAGGGAAAAAACGUUGGCUUCACGUUUGAGCAGGAAUCAAGCCUGUGGGGGCCGUUCUUAAGUGUGGUGAAUGGAGAGCGGGCCAGACAGAGCGACCGCAGAUACUGGCACCUCUCCUCUGGUGACACGGCUCUCACUCAAGGCAUCCGUGAUUUCAAAAUAGAAGUCGAUCAAAAGAUAACCAUCAAAAACACAAGCUUUUAAAGGUGCCAUCAAUCACUAGUGAUCAAUUUGGACCAAAGCAAACACCUUUGAUUUCUUUCAGCCCUUAAUUGUUUUUAAACGAUGAUGUUAUGUCAAUUGUUGAUUUAAUCUGUGAAUGUUUCUAAUGCUUCUUCCUUACUGUUGCAUUGCUAAUAGGUAUGAGAGAUAGAUAUGUGUUGUUGAACAGACUGUGGUCAUUUAAAAGGGAGAUUUAUUAUGCAUUCUUUAAAAAUAGGUGGUUGUUCAAUAAAAUGGGAAUGUUCAUGUA